CGCUCCUGUCGUCGGGAGCGCGCCUGGCGAGCUGCGGGCGGCGGCCAUCUUCUUUCCACCGCCGGCUGCUCCCCCAGUGCGAGCGAAGCAGCCCCGCCAGCCCCCUCCUACCUCUCCCUCCCUCCUCCUCCCUCUCCCUCCCUCCUCCUCCUUCUCCUCCCUCCCGCUACGCGCAGCCGCCGGACAGAAGGGGGGCGACCGGGGGAGCGAAGGCCGCGGGGCGGGGGAGGGACGGGGGGGAGCGGCGCGGGGCUCGCCGGCCGCGGGGUGCCAGCCGGGGCUCGCGGCUCCCCGGGGCCGUGGCGGUCCCUCCGCUCGGCGCUGGCGGCGGUGUCCGCUCCGGGCCGGGCUCCGCUCUAGAUGGGAUAAGCGGUAAACAUGUUCAGCUUUGAAGGGGAUUUCAAAACAAGGCCCAAGGUGUCUCUCGGAGGAGCGAGUAGGAAGGAGGAAAAGGCUUCGCUCCUGCAUCGCACUCAAGAAGAAAGGCGAAAACGAGAGGAAGAAAGGCGAAGGCUGAAAAAUGCAAUAAUAAUCCAAUCAUUUGUAAGGGGUUACAGAGACAGAAAUCAUCAGUACUCUACCCAGAGAAGUGAAUUUGAUCGCUGUGCUAAUUUGGCCCAAACUGGAGGAACCUUUUCUACUGCUAAUGGGGCUAAUUUGACUCUUUUAGUUCGUCAGCUACUCUUUUUCUAUAAACAGAAUGAGGAUUCGAAGCGUUUGAUAUGGCUGUGUCAGAAUUUAAUUAAACAGAGUUCUCAGUUUGUUAAGCAAUUGGAUGGUCCAGACCGACUUACUUGCUUAUUCCAAAUAAAAAGACUGUUGGGGCUGUGUUGCAGGCUAUUGCAAAACUGCAAUGACGACAGUCUGAAUGUUGCACUUCCUAUGAGAAUGCUUGAGGUAUUCUCAUCUGAGAAUACAUAUUUACCUGUUUUACAAGAUGUCAGCUAUGUAACAUCACUAAUUGAACAAAUUUUGCACUACAUGAUUCAGAAAGGCUACUACAAGUCGCUUUAUUUGUUAAUUAAUAGUAAGCUUCCAUCAAGUAUUGAGUAUUCUGAUGUUUCUCGAGUCCCUCUUGCAAAAAUACUUCUGGAGAAUGUUCUGAAACCAUUGCACUUUACAUACAGCUCCUGUCCAGAAGGUGCAAGACAACAGAUUUUUGCAGCCUUCACAGAGGAGUUUGUGGCAGCACCUUUCACAGAUCAGAUAUUCCAUUUCAUCAUUCCAGCGCUGGCUGAUGUGCAGAUCGUUUUCCCCUAUGAAUUCUUUCUGAAUGCACUAUUAUUAGCAGAAAAUGGAUGUUCAAGAAAAAGUGAUCGAGCUCCAUGGCUUUUUUACUUCGUGUUAACAGUUGGAGAGACAUAUUUGGGAUCCCUUUCAGAAGAAGGACUGCUUGUGUAUUUGAGGGUACUCCAAGCUUUUCUCUCUCAGCUGCCUGUAUCUAGUGCUGGUACAAAUUGUCAAGAUGCAAACAGUGAUUCUGAAGAUGAGGAUGAAGAGAUCAGUAAAAUGACAACUGCACCAGGUGAUGGGAGAAUAUCAGUUCAGUACAUUACUGAGGAGUGUCUGAAGAAACUGGAUACAAAGCAGCAGACAAACACUCUGUUGAAUAUGGUUUGGAGAGAUUCAGCUAGCGAAGAGGUCUUUACCUUGAUGGCAUCAAUCUGCCACACGCUAAUGGUGCAACACCGAAUGAUGGUGCCAAAAGUCAGGCUCCUUUAUAGUUUAGCCUUUAAUGCCAGAUUCCUGAGGCAUCUUUGGUAUUUGAUAUCUUCAAUGACUACACGAAUGAUUACAGGGUCUAUGGUACCACUUCUUCAAGUGAUUUCAAGAGGUUCUCCAAUGUCUUUAGAAGACUCUAGUCGAAUUAUCCCUCUCUUCUACCUGUUUAGUUCUUUGUUUAGUCAUUCACUUAUUUCUAUUCACGAUAAUGAAUUCUUUGGUGAUCCUAUUGAAGUUGUAGGUCAAAGACAAUCAUCAAUGAUGCCUUUUACACUAGAAGAGCUUGUAAUAUUAUCACGCUGCCUUCGAGAUGCAUGCUUAGGAAUCAUAAAGUUGGCUUAUCCAGAAACAAAACCAGAGGUUCGUGAGGAAUAUAUUGCAGCAUUUAGAAGUGUUGGAGUAACAAAAAAUACGGAGAUGCAGCAGUGUAUACAGACUGAACAAAAAAGGUGGAUUCAGUUAUUCAAGGUCAUCACAAACUUGGUGAAAAUGCUGAAAGCAAGAGAUACAAGGAGAAAUUUCUGUCCACCAAAUCACUGGCUCUCAGAGCAAGAAAACAUUAAAGCAGAUAAGGUUACACAGCUCUACGUGCCAUCUGCUAGACAUGUGUGGAGAGUCAGAAGAAUGGGAAGAAUAGGACCACUGCAGUCUACUUUGGAUGUGGGUUUGGAACCAGCACCUCUUUCUGUAUCUGAAGAACGACAGCUUGCAAUUCUGACAGAGCUACCUUUUGUCGUUCCUUUUGAAGAAAGAGUAAAGAUUUUUCAAAGACUAAUCUAUGCUGAUAAACAAGAAGUUCAAGGAGAUGGGCCAUUUUUGGAUGGAAUUAAUGUCACCAUUAGGAGAAAUUAUAUUUAUGAAGAUGCUUAUGAUAAACUUUCUCCUGAAAAUGAACCUGACCUAAAAAAGCGCAUUCGUGUUCACUUGCUUAAUGCACAUGGUCUUGAUGAAGCUGGUAUUGAUGGUGGUGGAAUUUUCAGAGAAUUUUUGAAUGAACUACUGAAAUCAGGAUUUAACCCUAACCAGGGAUUUUUUAAGACCACCAAUGAGGGACUUCUUUAUCCCAAUCCUGCUGCACAGAUGCUUGUUGGAGACUCUUAUGCCCGACAUUACUACUUUCUUGGAAGAAUGCUUGGAAAGGCUCUUUAUGAAAAUAUGCUCGUGGAGCUGCCCUUUGCUAGUUUUUUCCUCUCCAAAUUACUGGGGACAAGUGCCGACGUUGACAUUCAUCAUUUAGCUUCAUUGGAUCCAGAAAUGUACAAAAACUUGCUUUUUCUCAAGAGCUAUGAAGGAGAUGUAGAAGAACUGGGACUAAACUUCACUGUAGUAAACAAUGACCUCGGGGAAGCACAGGUGGUUGAGCUGAAGCCGGGUGGAAAAGACAUUCCUGUGACCAGCGCUAACCGCAUCGCGUACAUCCACCUGGUGGCAGACUACAGGCUGAACAAACAGAUCCGACAGCACUGCCUGGCUUUCCGUCAGGGAUUGGCCAACGUUGUGAAUCUGGAAUGGCUACGAAUGUUUGAUCAACAGGAAAUACAGGUUUUGAUCUCUGGUGCCCAGGUUCCUAUUAGUUUGGAUGACCUUAAAUCUUUCACAAAUUAUUCAGGUGGCUAUGCAGCAGACCAUCCUGUAAUAAAAACAUUCUGGAGAGUUGUAGAAAGGUUCACUGAUGAGGAGAAACGCAAACUACUCAAGUUUGUAACAAGCUGCUCUCGGCCACCUCUUCUGGGGUUUAAGGAGUUAUAUCCUGCAUUUUGCAUUCACAAUGGAGGAUCUGAUUUAGACAGGCUACCUACUGCCAGUACCUGCAUGAACUUGCUGAAGCUUCCUGAGUUUUAUGAUGAAAAUCUUAUGCGGAGCAAGCUUCUCUAUGCCAUUGAAUGUGCUGCUGGAUUUGAACUAAGCUGAGUUGAGCUGAUGCUUGUUUGGAUGAUCUGCAGAGGAAUGAACCAGUGCCUAUUCUAUAAGCAGCACCUGUAUCCACACAGUUUUGAGGGAAUUCAGUGUAAAUUUCUGCAGCUCUUAUGUCUUAUCAGAUGCCCUCAAAUAGGUUUCAUUUUUAAACACAAUCUGUUAGUUAGCUUUCAUUAAUUAAUAUUAAAUUGACACUGCUUGAUGAUUCAAAAUACUGAAUGCUGUUUGCAGUGCGGUUGUUCUCUGUGUUCAUGGGAAGAAAGAGCACAUGUAAGAAAAAAAAAAAAAGUGGCAUCUCAGUGAAAUUAACCAAAGAUGAAGCUUUGGCUUUGUGCUGUUCAAACAUAAGAAAAAAGUCACAAACUGGCAUUAAAGUUGUGUACCGUGCAGCACAUCGGGGUGAGAUGAGGCUAACAUCCUGUGAGUAGUCUUUUAGAUGAAAGUGAAGCAGAUGUUUGCAGAUAUCCCACAGCUGAGAGGACGAAAAUGUUCAUUACUGAUAUCCUAACAUCUUCAUUUAUGCUGUAGAAUUGUUUACAAACCAUAGUUGUUACAAUUAAGACAUAACUGAUUUUGUUUGAUACUACCUUCCCUAAAGAUGGUAGGCACUGAGAUAAAAUGUUUAUAAUAUUUUAUUUGUGCUUUCUGAAAUACCUUGAAGAAAACAGAUUCGCAUGCUUAUUUUGAGUUCAACCUUUGGCUGUGUCAUUAUCACUUGAACACUGUCAUAAACUGAUAGGACUAUCCACGUUUUCUCUGUUCUGUUUCUGUCUUUUGUGCCUGUACAGAUUUUAUUUAAUGUAUCAGCCCCCUGUUGCAUACACACAUACAUGCAAAAGUCAUCACUUCAGAAAAAUACACAUGUAACAACUAUUAAAAUUAUUUAAACCAAAGUUAUCAGGCUUUCUUUUAUAUUCGAAGCCUGUGGUGUUCACAUUCCUUUCGCCUGUCAUUUUUUUCCAUCCUAAAUACCUUAUCUGUGCUGUAGUUGCUAAUCAAAUUCAUUAUUUUUUGUGAUUAGACAGCUUUCACAUCCAUUUGCCUGCAGUAUUUUUGCUAAGAGAAGUAGGUGGGAAUAUGCUGCUUUGUGUAACUUGAUUUCUGGGAGUAACUUGGUUUCACGUGGAAGGAACUGAUCCUCUGACCUACUUGUAACCUACUGUAGGGAACCUGCUUUAGUGGUGGGGUUGGACUGGGUGAUCUCCAGAGGUCCCUUCCAUCCCUAUGGUUCUGUGAUUCUGGUAGUAGGCACUGGGUGUUUGUAUGGGAACUGCAGUCAGUUUGAAAAAGGAAUUAUAGUUGAAACUGUAAGAUUAAUAAGUGCAUCCAUCUGAACUUUAGUUUUAUAUUUUAAAUCAUCAAAAUUUACAAUCAGUUUUAUAUUCAUCUCUUAUGCAAAAAAGAAAUAAAUUGCUGUUACUGAAAACUGUUGGAUUUCAUAUUUAAAAAGCAGUAACCAGCAAUAUCCUUUUAAAUGUGGGGAAAUGGAGUGGUUUUAAGAUGUUUACUGGUAACCAUAUAAAAAUGUAUAAUUUCUUAAGUUGGGUAAAAAAUGGAGUGUUAAAAUGCUGUUUGUAGUCUUGAUGUACAGAAAUAAAGUAAUUGUUUUUCUUUUUGGUUUUGCUUUAGGCUUUUUAUUUAUAUUAAAUAAUACAUAACCAACCUAUACGUUUUCCCAGAAUUCUUUUCAUGUAUAUUUUUUCUACGUAAAUUAUGAAACUUGUAAAGAAGUUGAAAAAGAAAUCGGUAGUAGUGAAACUGCCUCCUCUUAACUGCAAAACAUGAACGCUUCUUGAAAGCAUUAUUUAUUUUAUAACCUAAUGCUUUAAAUAUUUUGAAAUUAUUUUUCAAUUUCAUUCUUUUGGUAGUGUUGUAUCUGUAUUUUGUAAAAAUAAAAAAUAAAAAAAAUAAUAACAGUAAUAAAAAAGUAGCCCUAUUCAAAUACUGUGUUGAAGUCACGCCGUGUAAUCAUGACUGGUAUUGUAUGCUUCCAGCUUCUGUAAGAGGAGGCAGUGCGUGGUGUUCUGUUACUGCGAGUUCAACACGUGGGGUAGACUGGAGGAAGAAGUACUCAGACUGCAAUAAGAGGGUAGGGUUUUCUGUAGGCAACAAGUUUUUCAGUUCUGACUGUCAACUGUUUAUGAUAUAGACAAGAUGAAGUGUGAGAUCCUGCUUAUCCAUGCUUUAUUGCUGAAUAUUUUAAGGGAUAAGAGAGGGAAGGAUGAAAAACAAUGUGAGUGUUGUUAGUCGUGUCCUGAUGAGCUAAGUGGUUUAAAUGAUCUCUUGUAGCUCUCACAUGGCAAGAAUUGUUUAUAUAUGAAAAUGGAUUUUCUGUUUUUUAAAACAAGUGCAGGGUUCUUUCCCAGUUGUGAUGCUCACGGAGUUUAGGUAGGCAGAGGCAAAAAGCACUUUGCCUGCAGCUAACCUGAAACAUUACUGUAGUUUUUGAUCAUCAGCUCGGCUGUCCCAAUUGCGGUUUUGGAGUUGCUGUCUGUGCAGGACAGCCCUUCCAUACAGUUUCAGUAGUUCUGUGUGUUUUCUUCCUGGAUCAGUUCUUGCUUUUUGGAAUAUGGCAACAUUUUCUUUUUGCCUUUUUCAAAUAAACUUUAAAGCAAGCUUAAAAAAAAAAUCCAUCUUUAUGAUGGGAAGAGUACAAAUUCUUUGUCUCUCCACAGUUAAAAGGAAUAAAAGAGAAAUGAAAGAAUAAAUGUAGCAGUUGGUCUUUGUCUCUUGGUGAGAAUUCUUCUGGAUGUAAGUUUAGUUCUGCUUGCUGGAUAUUAAAGCCCCACAGAAAUGGCAUGCCUUGUUAGUUAUCACUGCUAUUUUCCAUCAUGCCAAGAAGCCAUGCUUAUGUACAUUUUGCAGAUCUCACUUUUUUAUUUCUGGGGAAAAUUUCCAUCUACAAGGAGAGAUUUGUCUUCGGCUUCACAAGUGAACACUGAGCUGAUAAAAGUUUGAACAAGGAUAUCUUUGGUUAGUUUUCUGUGGGGUGCUCCAAAUUGGAAGUAAAAUGAGCUGCUUGAUGCUGUCAGUAACAGUGUGGACAGGGGCAUCACUUGAGUCUAGUAGGAACAUCCUAACUUCAUCUACAAAGGGGCUUGGAAAUCAAAGAAGGACUUCAAGCCAUGCAGUGAGAUCAUGCUAAAUUGCAGUUUAAGCCAGAAGCAAUUUGUUAAAUGCCAAUAAUGCAGCACAUGCUCUUUCCAUCACUGAAAAAAAAGAAUGCAGCACAAAAAACAAGAAAAAAUGAGCUGUUUUUCUUGGAGUGUUUUGUUUGAAUUGUAAUUUCUUUUGUAUUUAUAUGCAAAAACUUUAAAAUCUAUUUGCUCAUAUACAUGAGUCUGUGUUAAUAAUGGUUUGUGAUGUAAAUGCUUGUUACUAUUUUUUUUUCCCAUGUUGCUUUGCCUGUCAGUAAAGGAGAAACAAACAUGGUCUGUAAAACUGAUCAGGAUAUCUAUAUUUUUAUUGACUUCUGCUUUUGUGAAUAAAAUAAUUUGAGUUUUCUUGAAA